AUUACUGUAGCUAGAAGUACUAAAGUCGAUUAUAUUGUGUAACGGAGUGCCGUUAAUACAAGCGAUCGCUUGUCAGUUUCCGUGCCUGCCCGCGGUGAAACUGACAGCCUGGUUACUGCAGACAGUGGGAAACAGAAGUUUUAUCUCCUAAACUGUUUAAAUCCAUGACAGCUUUUUUUCUGCAUGACAAUUUCCAGGGUAGCAAAGUUGCAAUUCUGGACAGGGAGUGUUUCACUGUCAGUUUGUUUCCGCAGGAGAAGGAGUACGUACGUCAGGGCCGAGAGGCAAUGGGGGUUCUAGAACAAAUACUACGGCAAGAGGAAUACUGGAAGCUGGAGAAAGAAGAUGGCACCGAUGCAGUUUACACCUUUGAAAUCCCAUAUCACGGGAAGAGCUUCAUUCUAAAGGCAUUCCUGGAGUGUGCGGCUGAGCUGGUUUACCAGGAGGUGAUCCUUCAGCCUGAGAAGAUGGCGAUGUGGAACCGGACUAUCGCUGCGUGUCAGGUUCUGCAGAGAGUUGAUGACAACACACUGGUCACCUACGACGUGUCUGCUGGUGCCGCGGGAGGGGUGAUAUCCGCCAGGGAUUUUGUGAACGUGCGGCGUAUCGAGAGGAGGAAGGAGAUGUACGUGUCAUCAGGCAUGUCGACCGUCCACGACUCCCGGCCCCCAGUGAAAAAGUACAUCAGGGGUGAGAAUGGGCCCGGUGGGUUUGUGGUGAUGAAGUCUGUCCGCAACCCCAGUGUCUGCACCUUCAUCUGGAUCUUGAACACAGACCUGAAGGGCCGGCUCCCAAGGUACCUGAUCCACCAGAGCCUGUCGGCCACCAUGCUGGAGUUCAUGACUAACCUGCGGCAGCGAGUGCGGGGGAUGGGCGAGACAGUGCACCAGUGACAAUCCCCCUCCCUCCCCCCCCUGAUGUCUGCAGAGUCCGAUCCCGCCGUUUGCACAGGACCUGGCGUCUGCCCGCAGGGGCACUGCCCCAGGACCAAGGGUCAGCCAGGCCACCGACUGAAGCCCUCUCCCCAUCACAAGGAGAACAAAACCAUUGUGAUGCCGAGCGGGUCCAUCCCUGUACACAUGUUGCUGCUUGUGUUGGGGACAUCCCCAGUGUCGGGCCAGUGGACUUGCCCAGAGUCACUGCGGGUGCUUGUUUUAAUCAGGAGCCAGUUUCCUGGCUCAGAGACCCCUAGUUCAGUGUGGGACCCCUGGUUCAGUGUGGGACCCCUGGUUCAGUGUGGGACCCCUGGUUCAGUGUGGGACCCCUGGUUCAGUGUGGGACCCCUGGUUCAGUGUGGGACCCCUAGUUCAGUGUGGGACCCCUGGUUCAGUGUGGGACCCCUAGUUCAGUGUGGGACCCCCAGUUCAGUGGGGGACCCCCAGUUCAGUGUGGGACUCCCAGUUCAGUGUGGGACUCCUGGUCUCUGGUACUGCGGGACCCCUGGUUCAGUGCGCGGGACCCCUGGUCUCUGGUACUGUGGGACCCCUGGUUCAGUGUGGGACCCCUGGUUCAGUGCGCGGGACCCCUGGUCUCUGGUACUGUGGGACCCCUGGUUCAGUGUGGGACCCCCAGUUCAGUGGGGGACCCCUGGUCUCUGGUGCUGCGGGCCAGCACUGCUUGCUGUCGGAGACCAGUCGUGGCUUUGUCUUUUAUGAAGCUGUGGACCGGGAGGAAUAAGUGGGCCACUCGGCCCCUCCAGCCUGUCCUCUCCAUUCAAGGAGAUCAUCAGCCCAGAUUCCCGGCGACACCGUGACCUCUUGCCCGCCGGAGUGCGUCUGGUCAGGGUGAGGAAAGGACAGGGCCCUCAGCGGGAAACAUAGCAGGUCAGGCAGCGUCCAUGGGGAGAGAGGCUGCCCAUGUCUUGGGUCCACAACCUGGGCAACACUGAACCUGACAGGUGACGCAUGCACUCGCCCCCCCCCCCCCCCCCCACUGAACUUUCAGCCACAUGGCCGUUUUGUUGACCUUCUAUGUACUUGCUUUUGUGUGAAGUAAAAAUCUGUUUGAUAA